AUGGCCACCGCACUCGGUCCCAUCCCCGUCACGGAGAUCAAAAGCAUGGCUAGCAUGCAGCGCGCUAGAAUGGGAGGGUACACGGCAGUCCCGCCGGCCGUACCCGCACAACCGACGACCAAGUCGGAUCCAUUCUAUGGCCACGAAACGACCAGUCGGCUUUGUGCCCGUUUCAUAACGCAUCUCUUUGCUUGCCCGGAGUACCCCCCAACGUCGACGCACUCGCAGGCGAAACUGCCGUAUUUCAUCGCGUAUGCCUUGCAUCGUACGAAACUCCAUGCUUCCGUGACGUACGCCGCCCUCGUUCUCUUGCAACGUCUGAAGGCGCGAUUCCCUACUGCUCGUGGCUCUUCUGGCCACCGACUCUUCAUAUCUGCCUUCAUGAUCGCCUCGAAGGUCAUCUGCGACGAUACCUAUUCGAAUAAAUCAUGGAGCAUUGUCGCGCAAGGGAUGUUCACUCUGCGCGAAAUCAACCAGAUGGAACGCGAAAUGUGCAGUUACCUGGACUGGGAGCUCACCGUCGACAACCCUAUCCUCGAGAACUUCGAAAACAUGGUCAAGCGUGACUUUAGGGGGUCUGGUCCUUACCCCACCUACUCACUUCAGCUCGUUUCGAAGCGCGCGAUGAAGGCUGCAGCUUCGACAUCGAACACCCCUGUUCCCCCUCCCCACACCACCACUACGAGUCCUAUUCCGGUGUUCGGUCAACAGCAGCAGCAACAACGGCAAGCGUCCCCGCCGAAGCCCAUCUACACUGCGCCCAUCAAUACGAACGUUACUUAUUCAUCUCCUCCCACCCCCGAUACGCCCUCGUCCAGUUACUCGACGUCAUCGACUCCUGCUUCGGAGGCGUUGCCGACACCACCGAACCGAGAGUCGCAUUUCGUCAAGGUUUACGACGACUCGAUGCCAGCGUUCACCAUUCGCCCGGUUGCAGAGCGACCUCCACCUAUACACCCCCUCAAGGGCAAGAUGUUUGCCUUCGCCCUCCCUUCCGUCUGGUAG